AUGUGGUUCAGGUCAAACUGGCAGUAUGUGGUUCAGGUCAGACUCUGGCAGUAUGUGGUUCAGAUCAAACUCUGGCAGUAUGUGGUUCAGGUCAAACUCUGGCAGUAUGUGGUUCAGCACACCUGUCUUCUAUCGGUCCUGUCCUCUAUCACACCUGUCUUCUAUCGGUCCUGUCCUCUAUCACACCUGUCCUCUAUCGGUCAUGUCCUCUAUCGGUCCUGUCUUCUAGCACACCUGUCCUCUAUCGGUCCUGUCCUCUAUCAGUCCUGUCCUCUAUCGGUCCUGUCCUCUAUCGGUCCUGUCCUCUAUCAGUCCUGUCCUCUAUCACACCUGUCCUCUAUCGGUCCUGUCCUCUAUCAGUCCUGUCCUCUAUCACACCUGUCCUCUAUCGGUCCUGUCCUCUAUCACACCUGUCCUCUAUCGGUCCUGUCCUCUAUCGGUCCUGUCCUCUAUCACACCUGUCUUCUAUCGGUCCUGUCCUCUAUCGGUCCUGUCCUCUAUCACACCUGUCCUCUAUCGGUCCUGUCCUCUAUCACACCUGUCCUCUAUCGGUCCUGUCCUCUAUCACACCUGUCCUCUAUCGGUCCUGUCCUCUAUCGGUCCUGUCCUCUAUCACACCUGUCCUCUAUCGGUCCUGUCCUCUAUCACACCUGUCCUCUAUCGGUCCUGUCCUCUAUCGGUCCUGUCCUCUAUCGGUCCUGUCCUCUAUCACACCUGUCCUCUAUCGGUCCUGUCCUCUAUCACACCUGUCCUCUAUCGGUCCUGUCCUCUAUCACACCUGUCCUCUAUCGGUCCUGUCCUCUAUCACACCUGUCCUCUAUCGGUCCUGUCCUCUAUCACACCUGUCCUCUAUCACACCUGUCCUCUAUCGGUCCUGUCCUCUAUCACACCUGUCCUCUAUCGGUCCUGUCCUCUAUCGGUCAUGUCCUCUAUCGGUCCUGUCCUCUAUCACACCUGUCCUCUAUCGGUCCUGUCCUCUAUCACACCUGUCCUCUAUCACACCUGUCCUCUAUCGGUCCUGUCCUCUAUCACACCUGUCCUCUAUCGGUCCUGUCCUCUAUCGGUCAUGUCCUCUAUCGGUCCUGUCCUCUAUCGGUCAUGUCCUCUAUCGGUCCUGUCCUCUAUCGGUCCUGUCCUCUAUCACACCUGUCCUCUAUCGGUCCUGUCCUCUAUCACACCUGUCCACCGAUAGUCCUGAACCUGAACCAAACCUAA